CCGCCCGCGCCGAGGCGCGCCGUCGCGGCGGGCGAGCGGCUGGCCGUCGCCCAGAACGCCCUCUUCCAGAUGUUGCCCUCGGUCUGCUGGGCGGUGGUGCACGCGUGGGUCGCGGCGCCGGCGGCGGGCGUGCACACGCGGCGGCUCGCCCUCGCGCCGCUCGCGCUGCUCUCGCCAGAGUACCGGCGCGAGCUGCUCGCCUCGGCCAUCUACCUGUGGGAGCAGCACUGCAUGGGCGCCGGCCCGCCGCCCGACGAGCCAGACUGCGUCGCCGCCGCAGGCGGCAGCGCCGCCGCCUUUGGCGCACACGCCUCCUCCUCCGGCGCGCGCGGCGGCGCGGACGGCGCGGACGGCGCGGACGGCGCGGGCGGCGCGGGCGGCGCGGGCGGCGGCGGGGGGGCGGCGGGGAGGCGGGGCGGCGGCGGGGAGGGCGGCGUCGACGAGGGCGCGCUCCUCGAGCUCGUGGCUUCGCUGCCCGAGUGCACUCCCGUCGACGUGCUGUCCACCGCCGCCGACCAGAGCUGGACGCGGCCUUGCGCGGUCUCGGUGCCGAGGCUGGUGACGCUGCGCUUCAUCGCGCGGUACGUGCAGCUCGCGCAGCCGCUCACCUCCCUCGCCGAGGGCUGGCCAAAGCUGCUCGCGCUCUUCCGCGCGGCGAUGGUUGGCUCGUCGUCGGCGCCCGUCGCGCUGCUCGCCGUGCUGUGGGAGUGGGUCCGGAGGAUGGAGCCGCUGGGCGACGGCUCGCCCCUGCUCUCGGCCAAGGAGCGGCACGAGGCCAAGGACGCCGACCUGCUGCGGCGGCUCGCCUUUGCGCUCUGGGUGGGCGAGCACAACCAGUACGUCGGCGCGCUGCAGGGGCUGGUCAUCGACAAGCUCGUCGCCGCCUUCAAGUACGGCGCCGCCCUCGAGGGCUGGAGCGCGGCGGUGCGGUGGGGCGUCCAGGUCGCCGCGCUGCAGUGCGCGCGCGUGCUCGUCGUGCGCGUCGCGCCGGAGAACCUGACGGCGCUCUGGCCAAUCAUGAUCGCCGAGCUGCAGCGCGUGCUGCUCGAGCCGCGCGAGGCGCCGCCCGCGCUGCUCCUCGCCGCCUGCCAGCUCGUCGACUUCCCACGCAUUACAAUCCAGGGCUCAGAGUCGUCAGACGGCGAGGAAGCGGGCGUCAAAGGCGCCCGCCCCCGUGGUGACCAUCUCCGUCUCUUUGGCAGGCCCGCGCCGCAGGCCUCCCAUGCGGCGCUUCUUCCCUCCCUGGUUGCUGACGACGCCGUAGCCAGCACCGGCGCCACCAGCCUCGGUCGGGAACGGAUCCGCUUGGCCAGGCUCCUCGCGCACACCGCCGGGCGCAAAGCGGCUGCUUGGAUGGCCCUGCUGGCUCCGACUGGCACGCUGGCGGGCCCCAGUCGCGUCGCGCGAUGA